AGGACAAUGGGCCGGACCCGGAACUCUGGCCCUGUGAUGUGCCACCGCUUAGGCGGCUCGCCGCGCGCCACCCUCAGCCGCCUGGCAGAGGCGCGAGUGAGCACCGCGAGGCUGCUCCUGCUCGGGCGAGGGAAAUGGAGCUCGCCGAGGUGGACCUGGGCGACCCCGUGGAGCAGCCGGGCCGGGCCGGGGGGUGCAGCAGCGCGGACAGCCCGGCGGAGGAAGAAGAAGGGGAGGAAAGCGAGGAGGCGCUGUCGCGCAGCCGCGCCUCCUCGCUGGUGAACGGCCUCCUGACCGAGCUGUACAGCGUUGGGCGCGCCCGCCACCGCGACAGCGUGGACAGCUCCACCGAGGCGUCCGCCGGCUCCGACGCCUUCCCCGGCGGCAGGGGCAGUAGCGCCGAGUCACGCUUCCUGCAGGAGCUGCGGCGAAGGCCGGGCCAGCGGCACCAGAGGACGUACCUGGCGCAGAAAGAUACCAAUGAGUUGACAACUAUAAUACGCGAGCUGAAUUACAGAAUUUGUGUUCAGUCGGCAAAAUUGCUUCGCCUUCUGAAACAAAAGGACAGGCUUUUGCACAAAGUGCAGAAGAACUGUGAUAUUGUAACAGCCUGUUUGCAAGCAGUUUCCCAGAAACGGCGAGUUGACACCAAGUUGAAAUUUACACUUGAGCCAUCUUUAGGUCAGAAUGGCUUUCAGCAGUGGCAUGAUGCUCUCAAAGCAGUGGCUAGGCUGCCAACAGGAAUACCAAAGGAGUGGAGGAGAAAGGUCUGGCUCACCUUGGCAGAUCAUUACUUAAGGAGCAUAGCAAUUGACUGGGAUAAAACAAUGCGCUUCACUUUCAAUGACAGAAGCAAUCCUGACGAUGAUUCCAUGGGUAUUCAGAUUGUAAAGGAUCUUCAUCGAACUGGAUGCAGUUCUUACUGUGGCCAGGAGGCAGAGGAAGACAGAGUGGUAUUGAAACGUGUUUUACUGGCUUACGCCAGGUGGAACAAAUCUGUAGGAUAUUGCCAAGGCUUUAACAUUCUGGCCGCCCUCAUUCUUGAAGUAAUGGAAGGCAACGAGGGAGAUGCUUUAAAAAUUAUGAUUUUCUUAAUUGAUAAAGUGCUGCCUGACAGCUAUUUUGUCAAUAACCUCCGAGCGCUAUCUGUCGACAUGGCCGUGUUCCGAGACCUCCUGAGAAUGAAACUUCCUGAGCUGUCACAGCAUUUGGAUACUCUUCAAAGAGCUGCCAACAGGGAAAGCGGAGGCGGUUACGAACCCCCACUCACGAAUGUCUUCACUAUGCAGUGGUUCCUGACCCUGUUUGCUACAUGCCUUCCUAACCAUACAGUUCUAAAAAUCUGGGAUUCUGUGUUCUUCGAAGGGUCAGAAAUUAUACUGAGAGUAGCGCUGGCUAUUUGGGCAAAGCUGGGAGAGCAGAUAGAUUGUUGUGAAACUGCAGAUGAAUUCUAUGGCACCAUGGGAAAGUUAACCCAAGAGAUGUUGGAAGGCGACCUGAUUGAUAGCAAUGAACUCAUGCAGACUGUAUAUUCUAUGGCCCAGUUCCCUUUCCCACAACUAGCAGAAUUACGGGAGAAAUAUACAUACAACAUUACUCCUUUUCCUGCCUCAGUGAAAUCAGCUUCAGGAUGGCUGGGAAAAAUUAGAGACAGUGAUGAGGAGAACGACCUCGAUGAUGAAGAUUCCAUAGCUAAUGUCAUUGGUUGCCUUGGGCCAUUCAGUGGGUUUCUAGCCCCAGAACUACAGAAGUAUCAAAAGCAAUUCAAAGAUCAUAAUGAAGAGCAGAGUCUAGGUUCCAGCAAUAUCGCAGAGCUAAGCCCUGGAGCAAUAGAUGCCUGUCGGAGUGAGUACCACGCCGCUUUUAACAGUAUGAUGAUGGAACGUAUGACCACAGACAUUAAUGCGCUGAAAAGGCAGUAUUCACGGAUAAAGAAGAAACAGCAGCAACAGGUCCAUCAGGUGUACAUCAGAGCAGGGUCUGAAGAUGAUGACCCUGGGAUUAUGUUAGAUCCCAGGGACCAGCCGAAUAAUGAUAAAGGACCAGUUACUAGUCUUCUGCCCUCUCAAGUGAACCAUUCUCCAGUGAUCAACCACCUUCUGCUAGGAAAGAAGAUAAAGCCAACUAACAGGUCUUCCAAAAAUGCUAUUAUUCAUAUUCCAAAUCACGCAGGAGGCAAGAUGUCACCUAGUCCCCACGAAGAUCUUAAAACAAAGCUCAACUCUCCUUGGCGCACUCACAUUAGGGUGCAUCGAAAGAACAUAGCAAGAGCCAAAGGCCAGCUGGGCUAUGGAGAUACAAUAGGGUUAAUAGAAGAGCAGAAUGAAGGUGUGAAAACCAAUAGCCCCAAUGGGAAAGAAGAGGCUCCAAGCAAAUCUGAAUCUAUGGAAAUCGAAGGCAGUGAUUCAGAUGCCAGGACUGCUGAAGGACAGUCUCCUGAACCAAGUUACAAGGACGCCAAUGCCAACGCCAAUGUAUCAGCUGUUCAGCUGAAGCUCGAAGCCCUGGAACUUACCCAAAAUGACAAAGAUGAUGUUGAAUCAGUAUCGACUUCGUUCUGUCAGACACCUCCAUCCGAGUUCCCGAAUUCGCCCAGUGACAGAGGGACAGUGGCAAAAUCUCCCCAAGCUGCCAAUACUAAACCACAAGUCUUCAGUCCUUUUCCCAGUGUCAAGCCUCUCAGAAAAUCAGCUGCGGCCAGAAACCUAGGAUUGUAUGGUCCAACUGAGAGAACCCCCACUGUACACUUCCCACAGAUGAGCAGGAGCUUUAACAAGCCUGCAAGCGGUAACAGCGGGUCUAAAAAACGAUGAUGUAAAUACCGCUGGCGCAUCAUCAUCGUCGUCAUCAUCAUCUCAGUUUUUAUUAUGUGUGUGUGUUCAUCGUUCUGAAGGGGUUUCUGAAUAAUUUUAUUUCUUAAUUGAAAUAAUGAAGAUAAGUCGCAACUGGAACAUAAACUGUAUGAUCAAAGAUAUGUCUUUUAUAUAUAUAAUGUGGAGUAGUGAAAGUACACAGUGCCACAUACAAUUUUCAUGUUCAAAAAAUGAACAUUGACUUUCAGCAAUGAGAAGCUGUAAUACGGCAUUCAGUAGUGCAGUGGUAGGACAGUUUUUUCUUGUCAGUUCAUCAAGAAGACUGCUACCUUUUAUGGUUCAGUGGCUAAUUAGCAGAGCCUUGCAGCUGCCUCGAUGAAGUGCACUGAACUUCAAAAUUUCAGGCAGAUUAAAAUAUUUUUUUAAAAAAAACUGCUUCUGUAUAAUACAUACGGAAUGUAUUUGAGCAGCUGACACAUUAGCCGUGUUUUAGCAUUUUCCACUCUAAUGCCAUUGGUGUUACUUCCUUUAAUUAUUUUUGAUAUAAUAAUUAUCACCUUAGGUCAGGUAAAAAGGGAAGUUGAAAUGUUUUCUAUGACUUGAUCGUGGCUCCCUAAAUGAUGACCUUCAGUGAGUCAUGGGACUGUAGGAAUAUAUAUGUAAAUCUGUUAGUUGAUUUAUCACUAAAAUUCCUAGCAGUAUCUGGUAUUAAAGACAAAUCUUCCUUAGCCUUUUUGAUAAGGUUAGGUCACUUUUCAUGUUAACUGCUGGGCAGUGUUGCUUCCACAGUGUGUGUUAAUUCCCUAAUGUGUCAGCUUCCUAGCUGAGGAAAAUUUAUGGCUGUAUCUUGAUGAUGUAAGAUCGUCUUCAGUGUACUACUUAACUUUUUUCAGGCAGUGAAGGUUUUAGCAGUUUCCCCCAGAUCUUGUCCCUUGCUUCUACAUUUGAAGUGAGAUGAUCUAUUUUGCCUAACAAGCUUCAAGAGAUUAGAGGUGAUUAUCACUAGGGUGUAUUAUCAUGUAAACAAUGGUUAAAAUUCCAAAACUUGACAGUCAGUAUGGAGAAAGGGACCUCCUGUUUCUCAGUCUCCAAAACACUGUGCAGUUCCCCCCCCACCCCAUUUCUAAAACAUAGAAUACUGCUGUGCAAUAGUUUCAGUGUUCGGUGGGAAUCAGUGAACAAACUAGCUGUGUAGGCUUGGGGAAAUUACAAACUCUGAAACAGUUUUAGAUUUGUAAAGAGUAGGAGCCGACCUCACAGGACAAAUGUAAGGACUAUAAGUGCAGUGUAAUGUUAAGUGCAAUAAAAAAUAGUACGUGCUGCCAUAACAACAAGAGUCAUUCUAGGGUAAAAAACAGAAGUCCGUUAUCCACAAAAGAUGCUGUCUAUAUAUAUCCUGUUCACAAUAGCUGUGAGCUAUUAAGCCCAGGUGCAUGAAGGAAGAGUACACUGAUGAUGAAUCAAUCCUACUUACAAUUUGUGGAGUUCUCUGUUACAGAAGAGCUCCUAUGUCUACACAUUCUUCCAUUAUCCUUUAGCUGAAGUCCUCUGAAUGGGGAGCAUCUCAUCCUGCAAUCCACAGUUGGUUCAGGAAAUGUAUACCCACAUAAGCACAAUAAGAAUCCUCCAGGCUUCUCUAAGUAAUAGCUCUUAGGUUGCAAUCCUGCACAGAGUUGCCUGAAAGUAGUCCAAUUGAACGUAGUUGAACUUCCUUCUGAAUAGACAUGCAUGCGAUUGCGCUGAAUGUGUCUCUUAUGUUUUCAGCGAACAGAUAAAUCAGCAAAUGCGAAUAAAGUAUCAGUGCAGAAUCUAAAGUAUCAUGCACCUAGAUUGCUAACAAGUUUUGGUUUUCUCGUGAUUUCUGAGCAGCAGUCUACAUGCUUCACAGCAAGCCAAUUAUGAACCUGAGGAAGGCUCAAAAACAGUUUGUGAUAUGGCUCCAGGUGGCCGUACUUUUAAAAAUAAAAAAUCCUACUGUGUCGGCUUGUCCAAUGUACUUCUUUGGGCCUCAGUUGCUGAUUCUCCAGUAUCCUAUAAAAGGCAUAGGAUUUGGUGCUCAAAACACUGACCCAAAACCAAUUUGGAUUCCAACUUUAUUUUGGAAAUCUCUAUAGUUUCCUACCCUGAAAGACAAUCAUAUCCUUCGCCGUGUGAAUUUUUCAGAGCUAAUGUUUCUGUAAAAAUUAUUUUGUUCCCAUUCUUAAAGGAGUAAUGAAAGCAGCUAAAUGAAAUAAGCUAAAAUUAUAUCCAAGAUUAGCAAUUUGCAAACCCAUAACACGUUCUGAAAUUGCUUGACACUCCAUUUACUCCAAUGGAAAGAACUAGUGGGAAUCUUAUUUAGGAUCUACCCUGUGCAUGCACACAAGACGUUUCAGAGUUGUCUGAUGCUGAUGUCAGUGUCGUAUGUGGAAUUCUGCAUGGGUACUGGAGCCUUCCCCUGUCCCUGCACAUCAGUAGGAGCAGCUAGUUUUGGCAUGGUGUCUCUACCUUUACAUUAUUAUGAUAGGUAGUUCUGGACCCAUCACUGUUGCCAGCUGAGUGAUGCCGAUAAGAAACUGAAAUAACUUACUGGGUCUGUCUGCCUUUUGUGCGCUGUGAUUUAAGAUACUUUGGUGUUAAACUUUGUAUCUUAUAAGACUCUUUGAUGUAUACAAUGUACUAUAGAUACUGUAACAUUAUAAAUAUAUACAGGAUAAUAUAUACAGGAUGUAUGAAAUGGUGUCUUUGUUGGAGAAGUUUUAUCUGCGUUUGUGUCUUGAGUCCAAUGGGUAUAGUUGAUGCCAUUUUCUCUCUUGUAGAUUAAAUAGGACUUACCAAUAAUGCAUUUUAAAUAAUAAUAAUAAUUUGCCUCCAAUUUCUUGCAAUAAGGCAGGGUUUUUAAAUCUCAAAUAUUUCUAACAAAACAAAAAUGCACAGCCCACGAUUAUCCAUGCUGUGUGCAUGAGCUACAAAUGAUCUCUUGUAGAUAAAUAUUUGUAUCAGUAUGCCUUUCUGGUAUACAGAAUACACUAGAUGAUAUGAUAUUGUAAAAAACAACAACACCCUAAUUACUGUGCCUGUGAUAAAAUAGAAAGCAGUUCCUUUGCAAUUCUCUCAACAUUAGAGUCUCAUGAGCACAUUAUAAGAAUACAUUGAAAUGAAUCAUCUGUGCAACUUGUUCAGAGGCAAUCCUUGUGAGUUGAUAAGCUGCUUAAAAAGUCUCACUAUUGGUCAAAGCAAAUGGUUAUGUACUGUUCCUUCCAUUGUGUCAAAGAAAGUAAUGUUGUGUACAACAACAUGAUAUAUAAUAAUUAGAAGUAUUUCAAAUUAAUCCAAAUGGAUGUUGUAUGUUUACAAGCAGCUUGUGGCUCCAGCUGCUAUAAGUGAAGCUAUUCAGAGCAUCAUUCCGCACAGUUAAUCAUCACAUUGCAGCCAAUACUUCAGGAUCCCCGUCCCCCAUUUCUGUGUUUCGUUUCUGUUUCAUUAUGUGCUUAUUAUACAUGUUGCAGGUUUGCUUGCGUCUUGUAUGUCAUCCUUCGAGGUUUGUUUUAAUUGUUAUACUAUUUGUGUGGUACAGGAAUGCAGCAAAUGAUACACAGAUACACCAGUCGGCUGAUAACAUGUUCAAUUUGGGGAAUUUAGAGUGUGGACUUCAAUGUGAUUGUUUGUUUUGAAGGUGAAACUGUCUCAUCUUUGAAUUGGUACAUUUGUUCACGCAAUUAUAUUCAUGGUGAUACCUGUACACCAACUCUUGAGCGUUUAGUGACAGAUAGUUGAUACUAGAUCAAAGCCUGAUACACAGUAAAACAGUUUAUGUAUGUACUAAUCAGUUGCCUCGUAUCCAAAAUUAGCUGCAUGGUGUGAGCAGUCUGGGUGGAGGGCUUUGAGAGUGCAAGGACCUGUCAAGGGUGUAGUGCAUCUGAAUGUGUUCUGCACAUUGCACUCAUGUCUUCAUCCCUGAUCCACUGCUGCAAAUGGACACUGUUUUGACUACACCUUGCCUCUUAGGAAGUUGUGUUGUGGGACGUCUGGAAGCGACGCCUUGGCAUGCAUGUGUUCUGGAAUUAAUUUAUUGCUUUUUCAGCUGAAGCUGCCAAGAGCACUUGCAACCAUUUUACGCUGUUAUGACCAUUGUCAGUAAAAUCAAAGCCUGCAAAAAUAAUAAAAGCAGAGUUAUAAAGCUAGCUUCUGAAAAAAGCACUGGAAAAUGAAAUAGUUUUCCAUAUGGACAUGGUACCUGGCAAGCCAUCGUGGAGACGCUGUUCAGAGCUGGAGUGUCAUGACAGAGAAAGUACGAUCUUAACCCACCUUGCUAAUGGUAGCAACAGAACGAGAAGGCUUUCACUAGGAAGGUUUUCCAUAACUUUCUCUGCUAUGACACCCCAACUCUGAAUACCCUCCCCAGGAUGGUUCGCUUGGGUUCCAGUCCAUUGUAUUUUAGGCUUCAGAUGAAGAUGGACCAGGAGCCAAUGUAGUACAGUAGUACCUUGGAAAUUGAAUAGAAUCCAGGAAGCUCCUGCAGCAAAUCGGAAGCCGCGGAAGCCCCGUCUGAUGUUCGGCUUCCCACAAUAGUUUGCAAACUGGAACAGUCACUUCUGGGGUUGCGGCGUUCGAGAGCCAAAACGUUUGAGAACUAAGCUGUUGGAAAACCAAGGUACAACUAUAGUUUUAAAACUGGUGGUUUGUGUUCUAUUCUCUUGCUCCUAGUUAAUAAUUUUGCUUCUAUAUUUUGAAUGAACUCCAGUUUUUAAUUGUCCCAGUUAAAUGGAGUUCAUUCAAAAUAUUGCCACUCCCCUCCCGUUACCUCUAGUAUUAUCAAGCAAUUAAAGUCAACUACCAUAUUUUCUCAGCUCAAUUCAUGACAGCCAGAGCUGUAUACGAAAUCAUUCAGAGCUUUAUUGUGCAUGCAUUCAGUAUGGAAAUCAUGCUCUUCUACUAUUUCUAAAUCAAACUAUCUAUGCAGCUUGCAUCUUUAUAGACCUUUCCCCCCAAAAGGUUUCCAAAGAUAGAGAAGUAAAGCAAAAUUAUGUUGUUUAGGGGGCAGAAGCAAUUCUAAGUGGGGGAAAAAUAAUUUCCCACUUGAUCACUAGAUGCCACUAUUGGUCUACACACAAACCACUUUGCAGUUGCAGAAUGCUGGUGUUUGUUUGCAGAGAUAUAUUGGAAGUUCUAAGAACAUUUUCUAUAUGAGUUUAAUCUAUCUCAGGUGUAUUCAUGUGCUGCUAUGGAAAGAGCUGGCUAUCUUGAAAAUUACAAUACAGUGUUCAUUCUUUCGUCUUUAAUGGAAACAGUACGGCGAGACAUUCCUUUGUAUUGGAUUCAAAUGUGUUGGAGGGAAGGUGUUGGCUGCACUGAACGGUUCAUGCAAACUUUUUAAAGGAACACACAAAAUAUUGGGUGGAAUAUCAUUGCAUUGAGGCUGCAGGUUGUUGUGUUGCAUGCUUAACACUUGUGGAAUGUGUCUGCUACAAUUUUUUUUCUUUUAAAACGUGUUGAAGCUCCUGCAAUGUAGUUACUUAAACAAGAACGAAGAAACUGUUAUUGUUUACCCAAACUCCAAACAUGCAAUUCAAGUGCCUUUCACGCUAGAUUAUUGGCUCCUAAAACUGUGUAUUAAAUGCCAUUUUCACUUGAGAAACCUGCUUAGGCUGGGUGAUGAGCAGUAUUAAGGUGCUCAAGCUGCUUUUAAUAAUAAUUGUAGCAAUGGAAAAAGCUUAACUUUCUCUUCCACUACAUCCUUCUGCAUUAGACACUGCAGACUUUCUGCCAGUUGACAGUACCGUACUCUGAUGGGCUAAAGUAGAUACCCUAAACACAUUUAGUGGUGAGUAAGCCCCAUUGCCAUAACAGGGCAUGUCAAAGUAAAUACACAUAGGAUUGUACUGCCAGUCUGUGGUAUUUUCCUUUAAAACCUUGUAGCGUAAUCCUAAAUGCGUUUAUUCAGCUGUAAGCACUGAGAUCAGCAAGAUUUUAACAAUGUAAUCCUAAGACAUGCUUCCUCUGAAGUAAAUGCCACUGAUUUCUGAGAGUGGGGGAAACAGACAGACCUGACUAAUGGAAUGUGUCUGCACUUUUUCAAGACUUGGAAUCAUAGAAAUGUAGAGUUCGAAGGGACCAUGGGUCAUCUAGUCCAUCCCCCUGCAUUUCAAUGGGGCUUACUCCCACGUAAGUGUGCAUAGGAUUGCAAACUAAAUUAUAGGAUUGCAGCUAUAAUCUAAGACACAAGGACUAAUAAUACAUAUAAUAAUUCAUUGUUUUAUUAUAUAUUCUGUCUUAUCUGCAAUGACACCUGCAAUAUUUAAGAACAUCAAACUAUUUUGACACACAAGAACCUAGCAUUGGAACAAAACUGAUCCAUUAAUUUCAGAGAGUCUACUCUGCGCAACACUUGGCUGGGCACAACCCAAUUAAAUGUAUCACCAUAGUUCUAUAAGAAGCCACCAAAUAAAAACCCCUUACAGUUCUGCCUAGAAAUGUUUCUGGGCUUGGCCCCACAUGGCUUUCUUAGGUAGGUGUUCCACAGCUGCAAAGCUACUGCCAAGGGCCAGGUAGAUGCCUUAUUCACUUACCCACCCUGACAGAUGGUGAAAUCCUUUUUGUAAUGGCUGUUCUGACAUUAAGGAGCACAGGGUUGCCAUAUUUCAAAAAGUGAAAAUCUGGACGCAAUAGUUGAGGUUUUUUUUGUGUGGAAGGGGAGCAAAAUUGUCAGGCUUUUGUUUUUAAAGAGUUUUAUAGCCUAGAGGUUAAGAUCAGCCUGAACAGGACCAGCGCUAGACCAUGGUGUAGAGGAUGCAAGCAAUUGAGUGCAGGUUCGGACCUACAGAAGGUUGCAAAGACCCCUUAUAGAAAUGGAUGAGAACUGGAAAACCGCACACAUUUUUUCUGUAGUGCAGAGGCAGUGGAUUUCUACUGCAGAAAAAGCAUGAACGUAGCAAAACAAAGGCCCUGCUUUCCUGCAUGUGGCCUGUGUAAGUGAAGAUAUUUGAGAAAGCACCAGAUAGUGAAUUCAAGGAAAUGGAAUUUACUUCCAUGUGUAAUCGUUCUCAGAUUCUCUCUCUCGGUCUCCCCGCAUCCCUAACCCCCCUGCCCCAGAUGAGUCAGUAUCUCUUUUAAUGUUCCCGAGUGCCUCGGUGAAACAUAGUGUUUAUCUAAGUUCCCAAUCCAAAUCGGGGGGCCUCCCCCGCCAAACCAGAAUGGCUCAGCCACGGAUGUGAUCUGUUCUAUAAUAAAUGAAAUGUCGAGCUGACACACUUGCAGAAACCACACCAAGAUGAGAAGUGACUUCUCGCCUACUCCACCCAAUACAAAAAUGUCCGACCUAUUAUUCUAGUAUAUUUUUACCAUAUGUAUGUGUGCCUGUAUCUUUCACUGCUGCCUGUUAUUGCCAUCUGUGAUUCAGGCUGAGAGCAAUAAUAGGCACUCUUUUAUGUCAGUGGGUUGGUGGGAGCGUGGAAAAGAAAUUAACAUGUGGCCAGUUGCUAUAUCUAGAGACACGGGACUUAUGUAUUUGUGCCUCCUUCCUUUUUUCUUGCUCUGUGCCUGCCCUCCCGUUAGGCAGAGUUGGAGUUUGGGGUGUCAUGAACGGGCAGCGCAUUGUUAGUUAGUUUGUUAUCAUUGUAUUUUGCAUUGUAGCAAUGCGCGGGAGAGACAGUUGUGCUUGUGGGACAGAGAGGUGACAUGAUACAAGUAUGCAUGGCAUAGAGAAAAUGGAUAGAGUUUUUCUCUUCUCUGAUAACACUAGAACUUGCAAACAUCUAAUGAAGCUGAAUGUUAGACAGACAAAAGAAAGUACUUCACUUAAAUAAACUACAGAAUUCACUCCCAGAAGGGGCAGUGAUGCCCACCAACUUGGAGAGACUUGGAGAAAUCCAUGGAGCAUAAGACUAUCAAAGGCUGCUAGCCAUGAUGGUUAUUCUCCCUCCACUGUCAGGGCAAUAUGCUUUUGAAUGCCAAUUUCUGGGACUCACAAAAGGGGAGAGUGCUCUUUUGCUUGGGUCCUUUUUGCAGGCUUCCCAGAGUCAGCUGGUUGUCCACUGUGGCCAUUUAAAGUAGACAGUGUAUAAACAAGCCCUUAUUUAUGCCCGCCAUAACAGUAUUCUCACCAUUGGAAAGACUGAGAUAGCUAUUGUUACCACUAAAUUGCUAUUAUGCUACUUGGACUUAUUUGUAAGCCACAGCAGUCCUUUUGCUCGCAUUUGUAUCAAAUAACACCAGGAUAGGAUUGGGGUUAAUUUUAUGGAGUAAUGACUUUGAAAUGGUUCCAUCUUCACUAUGUUAGAUUUUAAUGCAAUUCAGAACCUAGUGUGUUGUGUUGUGUUGUGUUGUGUUGUGUUGUGUUGUGUAGGAGGUCUUGUUUCCUGUGAGGGCUGUACCACUUGCAUUGGCCUCAUGACGGGCAAAUAUUUCUUUAGGGACUACUGAGGAAUAAUGGCAGGCAGUGCACAGAUCUUUAAACCUGCGGCCCUCUUUCAACUGCAACUCCCAUCAUACCUGACCACUGGCCAUGCUUGCUGAGGUUGAUGGGAGUUAGGGUCCAAUGGCGUCUAGAGGCUUUGAUUGCCUAGGUUCUGAGCAUUAUGCCAUGGCUGGCCCUGCCAUUAGGAAGUUAGUGGCAGACUGGGGCAGAAGGAUGGCUUGAGGAGAAGCAGAAGGGAGAAUAGAAACCCCCAAUCUGUUAUAGAGCCAAACAUGGAUUUCUAAAAAACAAAAACCACACCACACACAAUUAGAGCUCUGCUGGAUGAGGCCAAGAGUCCAGUUUCCAAUCAUGGAUUCUCAGAUGUCUCUGGGAGGCUCACAAAUCAGAUGUGAUGGCAAUAUCCCUCUACUGUUGCUGCUUCCCAGUGGCUGUUUUUCAGAAGUAUUUAGCCUCUGAAACAGGGCUGAAUAUCAUUUACCUUUAAAUCCAUUUGACCUAGUGGCUAUCACCACAUAUUGCAGCAGCAGGCAGAUUUGAUGAAUUAAUUAUUUUUAUGCAUGUAUAUUUAUUCCAACUUCUUCUACAUCACUUUAUGUCAAAUAGGCCCCAAAGCGGAUUCCAUAAAAAUGUUACAUCCAGAAGAAAAUUCAAUGAAAACAGACAUAAUACUUCAUAACGGUUAUGUUCCAGUUACAUUUCGUAACUAGGUAUUUUCUUUUAACUGCACUGAAUCUUCUGCCAGCUGGUUUUUGUGGAUGAUCCCAGGUUCUAGUACUCUCAGAGAGGGAGAGAAACCUCUCUUCUGUUCACUUUCUUUGCUCCACAUAAAAAAACUCUGUCACAGUCUCCCUUAACUGCCUUUCCCCCACUAAAAACAAACAAAAAACCCAUCCUGGUUGUUGUAGCCAUUCUUCACAGAGACAGCACACUGAUCAUUUCUGCUUUCCUUUUACGAUCUUUUCCAGCUUUAAAAUACCCUUUUUGAGAUGUGGCAGCCAGAACUGCACACAGCAUUCCGAACAUAGCUGCAUCAUAAAUUUGUAUAAAGACAUUAUCAUACAGGCCAUAAUGUUUUUCAUCCUGUCUCCUUUUUCACAGAUGGUAGGCAGGUCUAUGGAUCCAGGGGCUUGUGAGACGAGCAAAAACAUCAUGCCCACCUCCAUGAGGAGGAGCCGUAGCUAAGCAUAAGAGCACAUGCUUUUUACCUCCUCGUAUAUUCAGGCAGGUCUGUGAAAUACUUUGUCCUGAAACCUGAGAGAGCCACUGCCAGCCAAUCAGUGAAAUAUUGUGUCUAGAUUGCACACACACUAUACCUUUAAAGCACAUUAUAAGCACACUUUCUCUUCUCCCCUCAAAGUAUCAUGGGCAUGGCAAUUUACCCCUCACAGAAUUGCCAUUCCUAGCAUCGCUUAACAAACUACAGUGUCCAGAAUUCUUUGAGGGGGGAAACGUGCCUCAAACGUGCUUUAAAUGUAUAGUGCGUACACAGCCCUAGGUGGCCUGGCCUGACGUAAAGGAACUUCCUGUGAAGCUAUAGAAUCCAGAGUUAAACAAACCCAUCCAAAGGGUAAGUCGUUCUUGAGUUAGUGCUUCAGUUUUAAAAUUUUAGUUGUGAGAGCUUCAAGCUAGAAAGUAGCAUUGGGGUAGUUGCCAAAGCUCCAAGUGUCCCGAUUUUCCAGGGACAGUCCCGGAAUUAGGAAAGCCAUCCUGGCUUCUGAUUUGAUCCUGGAACGGCCCUAUUUCCUCCAUCUGUGCUGCUGCCACUGAACUCGGGGAGGAGGAUGAGCUGGCACUUGUCCCAAUUGACGACGAUGGUUGCUGCAGUGGCUGCGAGGCAGCAUCCUGUUGCCUCUCCAUGGCCACCGCUACCGGCCUCCUCCAUUGGGCCACUCAUAGCUGCUGUUGGAGACUGGGUGAGGAGAAUGAGAGCCUGCCACACCCCUGAGGCCCAGCCCCAUGCGACGCACUGGCUCUGAGGGGCAGGCAGAGGGCAGGGCCUCCUUGGGCGCGAAAAAUGGGGAGCGGAGCGCAAACCAUCUUGAUUAUUAAAAAGAAAAGCUCUUUCUAUGGGGACCGUGUGUGUGUGUUUUGUAAAUCUACCAAAGAAUUAAAAAAUAAAACCAGGAUUAAGGGAUUUUCUCAGGAUGGUAGAGGGUACGUGCGCUGUGUCCCAUUGAUGAAGUGGUGGUGGCACUCACCUUCUGAGAAACGUCCUUAUUUUCAUCUGAGGAAUGUUGGAGGGCCUGUAGCUGUGGCAAUGCAGUGUGGGAAAAGUGCUCAGCAAAUGUGGUUCCAGGGACACACAUUUUGGAUGCCCAAAAUGAUUGAGCUCAGAAACGUAGCAUGGUGGCAUGUCAUCUGGCCUCCCAAGCUUCUGAAGUUAGCUGCCUCUGGUUUAGAUUACAGAACAGUUUUUUCCUGAGCCAGUUCACAUUGUGGCAGAACCAACUGUACUUCCAUUUCCAUAAAGCUACGGGGAGAGAAGUCCUUGCUGCAUACCGAAGAGCCAUGAACUCAGAGGAAGUAAAGAUUUAAUGAGAUGAAUAGGGAAUUGGCUGUGAAAUACAAACAGGGUUUUUGCCGGCCAGGUGUGUAAUUCUCAGAUCCAAAACUUCCCCUUGGAAUAAUAGCAAUCAUUAAAAUGGCAUGCUCUUGUGAGUAAUUUAAAGAUGAUGAAAAUUGCCAAUGUACAAAGUUAAAAGCACAAAAAGGAGGUGUAUGUGUGGGGAGCCCUUUCAUGUUCUUAUUUCCUAGCACAAUUCAAAGAGAGAUUUUAAAAACUGUACACCGUGUUGAUCUUGCUAUAUUAAACUUCAUAUGGCAUUGCCAUAUAAAGAGGACACCUUUGAGUUGUAGUUUGAUCAGAAUAUCGGAUGAAAAACAACAAGGCUGCGUGUGAGAUAGAGCACGAGAUUAGGAGAUGGUGCUCUAUUUUUUCAUGUCUAAAAGAAAAUGCUUCUAUUUGGCCCCCUCUUUCCACCACAAACCAUUGUGAAAGGAAAUCGUCUUAUGCCAACCACUUGCCAUGACUUCAACACAAAACAAUCUCAUUUUCUUUUAUGUCCACAUGCCUCUGGUAUUCAGUGGAUUAUGCUUCUGACUAGAAUCCAAGUAUUUGUGCAGUUUAGUGCAAAUUCCUGAUGUGAUUCAAUAUUUCACAAUAGCAUCAAAGGGAAAUUCCCCAGUUAAUGAUUCCUCCCAAUUAAUAGGGAGAUGGGAAUUGCCCUAAAAGGCUCCUGCAAAUAAUGGGCACCGAACAGACGGCAAAGAUCAGAUAGGCUUAAGACAGAGGAGGUAGCCUGAUUCAAUGGCCUAGGGCAGGAAAAGGGGAAUGAAUUAUAAACAAAGGCUACCCCUGAUUGUUAAAAGUAAAGGCUGUCAUUAAUGAAAAAUUUAAAAAUUCCUUGUUAUAUACGAGAGCCAAAAUGCUCCCCAUAUAAGCGCGUUCUUCAGCUUCAGUCCCUCUGUUUAAACAUUCCUUCCUCUUACAGCUCAUGGUAAAUACUCGACACCCCCCAUUAAUCAGUGGAACAUCUUGCUGCUUCUUUCUACAUUUCAGUUUAUUACCAUCAAUCUUGAUUGGAUUUCUGUUUUGGCAUGUGGGCUGCUUAUUUUAAUAUAUAUGUUUAUAUCAGGAUUGAUGAACUAUUCUUAUUGCCAAUGUCGGCUGAUGUUGUUGUUUUCAUUCAGAGAGUAGAGGAACACACACACACCACUUAUUAAUAUGGGUACCUGGAGAUGCACAGAACUGAAUCUGGGAUCUACUGCAUUCAAAAGAUACUCCGGAGCCAUU